UUUACUUUGAACAUAAGUUUACCGUUGGUUAGUUACCAGUGAAUCAAGAAAUAUUGACGUUGACUUAAAUUCAUCUGCUGAAGCCAAUUAAACCAAAUUCAAUGGAUUUUAAAGUUUUGUUUUGUUUUAUUUUACUGUUUCAACUCGGUGGUUCAGACUAUAAUUUUGAUCCUAAUGAAUUUCCAUAUUAUGGAGACUACGCAGUGGGUCCAAGAUUUAACCUUCUUGCGCGGCUUCCACAUGUUAUGGGUUUGUAUUUUAUGAUCGAUGAUGUGGUAAUUCGUACUUUUCCAACUGAAGUAAACCUGUUUCAUGAAAACACUGAUUACACCAAGAACAUGAGCAUGGAACUGGAAAGCAAUUGUGGUUCAUCGAAAUCAUCAUUUGAUAAGACGGACGUCGUUAUGUUGACAUUGAUAGAGCAGGAUACUGAUAAUGUUACAUCAAAAAUUGUUAAAUCUAUUGAGAUCGACCCUCUUUCAGUUGAUUUUCACCCUCACAAUCUGACCAUGGAAAAGUUCAAAUAUCUUAUUCAAUACGUAAUGAAGAAUAUUUGCAAUCGGGAUUAUGAUUUGUCUUUGCGUAAUUGUAAAUUUGACCAGAAAGAUACAAUAGUGUUGGCAGAAAUGGAAAAAAUGAUCAAAACUUUGAAAUAUCUUCGUCUGUUUGGCUUUAUAUCACCCACAUGUCGAUUGUCUAGGUUGAAGAGGAACAUAAUUCUUGAAAUGGAUAAAGAAACCGCUUCAUUAUUCCCUGAAUUGACUGAAAAUCACCAUUUUAUUGCACAUUUCAUUGAUUUCAAGGGUAAAAAGGCUGCAACUCGAAUUAUCGAUGAAUACAAAAUUGUUUCAAAUAACUGAAUUGGCUGAAUAAUUUUGCUGUUCAACUCUUUCAUUUUUAUGCAUCUACCUUGUUGUAAGAUCAACAGAUUAUUCUUGAUUUUAACAGUUUCAAUCUUCCCUCUUAUCUCCAAAUUAAUUAUCAUUUCAUAUGCUAAUAGUGCUCAUCCAAACUGAAUAAUUAAAUAAAC